AUGGACUUUCAAUUCGAUCUACCCGUUUCGUCACCGUUCCUCCAGAACAUGCAACUGUUAGCUUCCGCUUCACCUCCCUUUGCCUUCCGCAGCGAGACUAAUGCGGACAGCACCACAAUGGGGCCGAAUGAUCUUGACUGGUACUCAGCCGGCCUGCCCGAAUACCAGAGUGACUCGGUACCGGGACCUUUAGGAAGUCUAGAUCUUGCGGCUCUCAGUGCAGAAUUCCUGGUAGAGCAAACAAACCCCGAGUCGCUAUUUCGAGAAAUGAUCCCGUCAAUCAAUGACCAGGCUGUCCUUCCAGUCAGCCCUGUGAACUUUGGUAAUGAGUUCGUUUCCCCGCCGGGUUUCCAUGCUACCAGCUCUCCGAUGAACACGCAGCGGCUGGACCCUCUCCAGUCGUCAGUAUCCCAACAUGAUACCAUCGACUACCUCCACGCUACGAGUCUCGACAACCCGCAAGCCGAUAUCCUGCGCGCCGCCGCCAAUCACGAACAUCACAAAGAGUCAAAGCAUGUCGUUAUCGGCGUCAUACUCAGUAAUGGCGAGGUUCGCAAAGACCAAUACAGAUGCUAUGAUUCUGCGUGCUCUGGUGCUUCUUUUGCUCGCCUCGCUGAGUUGAAGCGUCACCAUACAACUCGCCACGGCGGUCACGCAGGCAAGAAGCCUCAAUUCUGGUGCCCGAUUGACACCUGUGCCAGAAGCAAGAAUGGUGGACAAGAGGCAUUUCCGAGGAAAGACAAGAUGAUGGAUCACCUGUCGAGAGUACAUGCUGAUAAGGUGGGUCGAAGUGGCUGA